GCCGCCCACCUCCCUGUCUCCUCCUCCGCCUCGUCUCCCUGCACGCCGCUCCUGGAGCCCAGCGUCACUCCCGCUGCAGCCGCAGACAUGGCGACGCUGACAGCGGUCCAGCCGCUCACACUGGACAGAGCUUCUCAUGUCUAUGCGAGAUAGGACAGCUGCUCAGAAGAGCUGAACUGCAAGAUGAGGAUUCUAAGAAUUGUUUCAAUUAGUGUAAUCUCCCAGUCACAAACACUACAAUCUUUAUCAUGGGGAAGGAGGGUUAUUUAAGAUGUUGCAAGAGCAAUUGAAUUAUUGGAGAAACUACAAGAGUCCGGAGAAGUACCAGUACACAAGCUGCAAUCCCUAAAGAAAGUACUGCAGAGUGAGUUUUGUACAGCUAUCAGAGAGGUAUAUCAAUAUAUGCAUGAAACCAUAACUGUUAAUGGCUGCCCAGAAUUCCGUGCCAGGGCCACUGCAAAGGCAACAGUUGCUGCUUUUGCAGCAAGUGAAGGCCAUUCACACCCUCGAGUGGUGGAGCUGCCAAAGACUGAUGAAGGUCUUGGCUUUAACGUGAUGGGAGGAAAGGAACAAAACUCUCCUAUAUAUAUUUCUCGUAUCAUUCCUGGAGGGGUGGCAGAAAGACAUGGAGGACUCAAGCGAGGAGACCAGCUGCUUUCUGUUAACGGAGUGGCGGAAGCUGCAUUGAAGAUGAUGAAAGGAACAUGUCUGAACAUGCAGGAUCUUCAGAGUGUGGAAGGAGAGCACCAUGAAAAAGCCGUGGAGCUCCUGAAGGCUGCUAAAGAUAGUGUCAAGUUGGUCGUGCGCUACACUCCCAAAGUGCUGGAAGAGAUGGAGGCUCGUUUUGAAAAACUGAGGACAGCACGACGCCGGCAACAGCAGCAACUACUAAUUCAGCAGCAGCAACAGCAGCAGAAUACACAGCAAAAUCAUAUGUCGUUAUUCUCAAGAAUAAAAUCUAGAUCAAGAAUUCAGUAACCAAGCAAUUGGAGCUGUGCUUCAGUAUUCCAACCUACAGCUAUAAGAAAACAGAGAGAACACAAUAACUGAAUUUAUCAAGAAGUUAUGAACAAGUGGAGUAAGAAUAAAUUAGUAAGAACCACAACACACCUGGUACCUUCUUUAUCAGGCUUUUCAGUACAGUGCAGUUUCAGAUACAAGAUUUCUAUGACUUUAUUCCUAAUGAGCAGUAUGGUAAGUAAACACUAUGAAAUGUAGAGAAGUUUGGGGAUUCUGAAUAAAUCUUUAUAAGGUCCAAUCUUGCACUCCUUAUUCUAACAAAACUCUGGCCUAUUGGUUCACUGAGGUCAUUGAGGAUUUUAUCUAAGGAGGCCAAGAUCGGCUGCUAGUGAGGGUGAAGUCUUUCUCUGCAGUUAUUUCCAGAAAUGAACAACUUGUAGUCCAUCAACCAAACUGCAUCUGUUCAAAAUUUUGCCACAAACAUAAAACAAACUCCCACAUCACAUUCCAUAACCCCUUUUUACUAUAUAUUGUAGAGUUGUUUUAAUCUGACUUCCAGUUUAUAAUAAUUUUCAAUUUUUUCCCUGAAAAUAGCAAGUUACUAUAUUUAUACGUAUUCAGUUGUAAAAGCAAUUGGCUUUUUACUCUUGAUGUUUCCAUAUAUUUUAUUAUGCAUCAAUAGAGUGAGGCAGUUUUAGAUUUACUUUAAUUUUAUUAGUAGUAAGGCUAGAGAAUCCUAGAACGUAUUUUUAAAUAUAGGUAUUGCUUGUAUCCACUAUAGCUAUUAUUCUGAAAUCUAUAACUUAAUAUACUGUAUAUUUAUUCCAUAAAAUAUAUAUUAUCAGAAUGUACUUGUUACAGAAAUAGGAUCUUUGCUUACCAUGAAUUACAAAUGUAGUAAGAUAAUGUUAGCAAAAGACCAAGCUUUGUUUGCCACGUAUUCAUGUGAUAAAUAGAACCCAGCUAUCUUAGCUUUUCUGUAUUUUUAAAUUUAUUUUGUAUUUCAUUGCUCAUAUAUUUAGGAGGAGAAGUGUAAAUUGUUCCUGGCAUAUUUUCUUGUAACUCAGUUUGAUCUUAAAGUUUAGAACUUUAUCAAAUCAAAUUGGAAUGUAAAAGCAAAAUAUAUAAGAACCUUUUUAAGUUUACAUUUACUUUUCCAAAGACUAAUGAACAGUCACAGCCAAAGCUGGAAGGCUAAAAAUAUCAUCUACCUUAGAAGUGAAAAAAACCUCAAAUCCUGACCAAUUUACUGUCAUUUAAAAAUAUCUGCUAUAUAGAGAAGAAGGAGGCAAAGCACUGUCAAACGGAGGGAAGUUCUGCAAUUCUUGCAUACUGAAAACUCCAGUUGAUUUCACUUGGAGUUUGGGGACACAAGGAACUCUGAACUAUUCUGAAUCAAUGCUCUGGUUGCAGCCUUGUAACAAAAAAGCCAAAACAUGUUACAUCUUUUCUUUGCAAAUACUCACAUCAUUGAUUCCCUUCACUUCAGUAUAAGAUCUAAUCAAAUACAGAGCAGACAGCCACAGCAGGGGGAAAUUGAUAUACCAUAGUAGCAUAGGUUUAAAAAAAAGAAUACCUACCAGCCACCAGCUUUGACAGUGUUCCUUUACUAUAAUUAACUGCUGAAAGUAAUCAUGCUUUUAAAACCAAAUUAUAUUAAAACACCAGAUGAACAAUACAAUACCUAGAAAUAAUUCCAUCCAGUGGUGCUGGUGACAACAUGAAUUAAACAGUGUAGCUUGAGUGUGCCACCAGAAGUUAAAGAUAGAAUAUUCUUUUAUUAUGUUGUGCAAGGAUUUUGUUUCAGCUUUUUUGUUUCAUUUUUUAACUUAAUAAGAUUGUGAUGUACCCUUUUGAAAUAUCUAUUUUAAAGCUAUAUUUUUUAAAAACAUAAGUAUUGAUAGUAUAUGAACUAUUACUGCAUAUGACUGUAUUAUAUAUCACAUGACUACUGCUCUGUAAGUUUUCAGAGACCAAAUAUUACACAGUGUGAUUAGUGGGACCACUGUAUUACAUUCUUUCUGAACUCUCCCCUGAUCCUGCCUGCCCCUCAUCACAAUAGCUAGAUUUUAGUGGAAUGGACAGUUAGUAUAGUUAAUUGGAAAAAAAAUAGAAUGUCAUUAAUGUCUUUAUAUAGAGAAGCAUAUCUAAUCAUUUGCAUAUGUUAUUGUUCAAUAAAUUAUUUAUACAUAUUAA